AUGUCAUGCGAUCCAGAAAUUCAUCACUAUGCUAUGGGUGUGAACUCGUCCGAAAUCGAUAAACUCUAUCAAGAUGAUGCCGUGUGGAUUAUCACCAGCAGUUUCAUUAUAUUCACUAUGCAUUCAGUUGUCACUAAAAAAGUUGUCAACCCAUCAGCUCAGCCAUCAGAAGAAUUGUCGUUGGCUCGUAGGUCUUUUCAGAGCUUACCGAAUGUUGUCAAUGGUUUGGUUUGCUCGAAUCGGGUAGUGUGUCGGCAAAGGACGAAGGUGAACAUCAUGGUGAAGAAUGUGGUCGAUGUGGUGUUCGGUGGCUUGUCGUACUGGAGCGUUGGCUAUGGUCUGAGCUACGGCGACUACGAGCCGUUUCGCAACAGCUUCGUCGGAUUUGGACGAUUUUUCUACGACCCGACG